AUCAAAAUAAAUUUAUGCCUAAUGUUUUUUGUUUUCUGAACGCUGGACUGCUUUCAAUGUCAAAUUGCCAUUUAAAUGUUUUUAUUUGAUGACUAUGAAUGCAUACGUCAAUCAUGGAGUGUCAGACAAAUGCGUCUGGUGAUUUUGGAUAGUUAUGAUGACGUUUCGCUAUGGGCUGCCAAAUAUGUCCGUCGCAGAAUCCUUGAUUUUAAUCCAGGACCAGACAGAUAUUUUACCUUGGGAUUACCAACAGGAAGCACUCCACUUGGGAUGUACAAGAAGCUCAUAGAAUUUCACAAUGCUGGAAAACUUUGUUUCAAAUAUGUGAAGACAUUUAAUAUGGAUGAAUAUGUUGGUUUACAGAGGAACCACCCUGAAAGCUAUCAUACAUUCAUGUGGCAGAAUUUCUUCAAACACAUAGACAUCCAGCCUGAAAACGCUCACAUCUUGGAUGGAAAUGCCCCUGACACUGUAAAGGAAUGUGAUGAGUUUGAGAACAAAAUUAAAGAAUCUGGUGGAAUCGAGCUUUUUAUUGGAGGCAUUGGUCCAGAUGGCCACAUAGCUUUCAAUGAGCCUGGAUCAAGUCUAGUCUCGCGGACCCGAGUGAAGACCUUAAAUCAAGACACGAUUCAAGCCAACGCCAGGUUCUUCGAUGGAGAAAUCUCCAAGGUGCCGACCGAGGCUCUUACAGUCGGUGUUGGAACUGUCAUGGAUGCACGCGAGGUUAUGAUUUUGAUAACUGGUGCCCACAAGUCGUUUGCGCUACACAAGGCUAUAGAAGAAGGCAUCAACCACAUGUGGACCGUGUCGGCUUUCCAGCAACACCCGAAGACUAUCUUCAUAUGUGACGAAGACGCAACGCUGGAGCUCCGGGUGAAAACAGUCAAAUAUUUCAAUGGCCUGAUGCAUGUGCACAACAAACUGGUGGAGGAUCCACCAGAAAAAUAGAAGUAUUACCUUUCUUGGUCCUGUCAGUUAUAUUGCCAAGUAUAUUGCCAUCUUCUGCUAUCUUCUGCCAUCUUUACACGACGCAAAUUGUUAUAUAUAUUGGAAAUAAUGUUCUAUUAAUAAUUUCUGGAAUUGAGAGUUUGCCAAUUACACAUUGGUAGAUGUACUGCAAUCAGUUUGCUGUUUCCUCAGGAGGUAAACAUUAUUGCAAAGUCAAUACUUACUGCAGGGGUGUCUCUGCCACUGAACAAUUGGUAAAUGUUAUUUUCAUCUGGAAAAAUAAUUUUGUGAAAUGAUUAAUAUUGUGUUGAGAAUAACACUGGGUUUCUGCAGUGUUUGAAGUUUAAAGGCAUAUUGUCACAGAUCACUGACCUAUUUAAUGGUCUAACAAAGUAUUACCUGAACAAAAAUAAUUCGAUUUGUCCCUAAAUGUACUUUAUUCAACCCUCUUCAUAACCACCAUACUC